UCUGUGGUUCCCUCGAUGGCAGCACUGACAGUGAUGCUGAUGGUGGUGAGCCAUCCCUUGGCUUGGGCCAGGGAGACCCGACCAACUUUCAUGCAUCAGUUUAAGGGAGAGUGUCGUUUCUUCAACGGCUUGGAGCGGGUGCAGUUCUUGGCCAGAUACAUCUAUAAUACGGAGGAGGAUGUGUACUUCGACAGCGACGUGGGGGAGUUCAGGGCGGUGACCGAGCUGGGGCAGCCGGACGCCAAGUACUGGAACCAGCAGAAGGACUUCAUGGAGCAGAUGCGGGCCAAGGUGGACACGCUGUGCAGAUCAAACUACUGGGGAAUAGGCAGCUUCAUGGUGCAGCGGCGAGUGGAGCCCACGGUGACCGUGUAUCCUGUGAAGCCCCAGCCCCUGCAGCACCACAACCUCCUGGUCUGCUCUGUGACGGGCUUCUAUCCAGGCCACAUUGAAGUCAGGUGGUUCCGGAAUGGCCAGGAAGAGGAGGCUGGGGUGGUCUCCACAGGUCUGAUCCCUAAUGGAGACUGGACCUUCCAGACCAUGAUGAUGCUUGAAGUGGUUCCUCAGAGUGGGGAGGUCUACACCUGCCGAGUGGAGCACCCCAGCUGGACGGGCCCUGUCACAGUGGAAUGGAGGGCACAGUCUGAAUCUGCUCAGAGCAAGAUGCUGAGUGGAAUCGGGGGCUUCGUUCUGGGUCUGCUCUUCCUCGGGGUGGGGCUGUUCGUCUACUUCAGGAACCAAAAAGAACAUCUGGACUUCAGCCAACAGGACUCCUGAGCUGAAGGGAAAGUGGUAACGCUCAAGGAAGAACCUUCUGUCCCAGCUUCUUUGCAGCAUGAAACAGUUUCCUGCUUAGCUCUGAUUCUUCCGCAGUGAGAGUACUUCUCAGGGUCUGCUUUGCCCCUGGUUCAGUGACCCUGCAGAAAAUGCCCUCCCUGCUGGCUUCCUCAGCCCUGCCCUUGACCCGGAAACCCCGAAUACUGAAGACAGUGUCUUAUCUUCAUUCUUUCCUGGUCCUUUUUUCAUUCAACCCUUAUGGCCUUCCUUGCACUUGAACAUAGCUUUUACCCACAUUUCUUCACAAAGUUUUUCUCAAAUACGCAUGGAGUGGAACCACCUGUCUGAUACAGCUUCAAGGGAAAGGGAGUGGGGCGGGGAAGGGGGGGCAUGAGAAAUCCCCCCGCCAUCCCGCUCUCUUGAGUUCCUGUGGCUGUACUAAUGAUCAAGUUGACACAAAACAGAUUAACAAGAGAAAAUGAAAUGGAUUUUAAUUCACAUGCAUGGCAGUCUCAUAGAAAUAGGACCUAAGAAGUGGCCAAAGCAGGCAGCUUUUGUGCUUUUCAGACAAAGAAACAAUAAAUUUGUGAUAAUUGACAGAACAAAGAAACGUAGGUUUUGGGGGCUCAAAUAGUGAAGAAUCUAAACAGAGUUCGGGCUUGGGUAGUAAAUUAAAGAUGUAGCAAGCCUUCUUGGUCUGAAUUCCUGUCUUUGGUGAUGUGUGUCCUACCUCUGGAUGUAGCAGAUGUAUCUUUCACAACAGAGAUUAUUUCCUGCUUUCAGGAAGAAAGAAAGGACAGCCAGAGUGUCUCUCUUGCACUGGCUGUUUUUUUAAGUAAAUUUAAUUCAAAAUUAUCAAUAUGCCAUAGUGGCAUAUUUGGGGGUAACCUUCCCUGAACCCCAACAAGAGGAUUUCAUUAAGAUACAAUAAUGGUUUUUAUUUUUAUUUCUGAAUUUUGGUCACUUGUGGAUCAUAGUAGUUUUCCUUCCUUCAUUCUCUGUUUUAUCUUGAAUUUUCUGUAUUUUGUGAUUAGGAAUAUUUAGCUGAGCUACGAGAAAGUCCUUCAUUCACCCAUAUCGGGGUGGUCUCUUGCCUCUUUGCAUUCUCAAAGACAAAUAUAAACGUUCCUUCAUACCAUGGGACACAGAAAGGGACAACAAAUACAAGAAAUGCAGGUACCUUAUAAGGGUGUUAUGCCUUCAAAAUUUUUAUAAUCAUGUUCUUUUGUAUGUUUUCCCCUGCUAUUUUAAAAAGAAAGUCUCUAAACUUGGGUAAUUCUUGAACUCCCCUUUGGAUUAUGGGUGGGCUUCAACACUUCAGUCUUUUUUCUAUCAGAUAAAAAUCAGUUCUGUGCCGACUGUUUGGCUUGGAAUAUACCCUUCUCCAUAAAAAGUCUCAGGCCAUCAGGACCAAGCACAACAUUGAUGGAAAAGAUGCAUUUCUGAGGGCUUCCAGAUUGAGUGACAAACUUUCUGUCUGUCACAGGAGAAUCCUACGGGGAUCUUUGCUCAGCAGAAAUCAGAGACAAUGCUGGGAAAUAUUGUUUUAUUACAAUUUGUAAGUAAAAACAAUAGAAGAAACUUUUAAAAAAAAUCAUUGCCUAUGGGGCAAAAUGAAGGUUGAGGGAGACAAAGAUGAAAGCUGGGCUUUCUGAAUAUAUCUUAUUUAAUAAUUUUAUCUUGAGAAACAUUAAAAUAUUGUAUAUAAUAGAAAAUUUAAAUCAAAAGUUAAAAAAGGCAAUACCUAAAAACUGAAAACAAACUAACAAUUGAAACAAACUUGAAAAAAAAUGUAUAUGAUGGGAAAUAAGCUAGAAAAGAAAAUCAACUGUUUUGAUCCUUUCAUAAAACAGUGCAGAAACAUAGUUAUAGAUCAGUAUAUAGUUCAAAAUUCAUAGACUUCAAUAAUAUAAACAAGUUGGAUAGGUUUCAGAGAAAGGUAAUUACAUUGGUUAAGAAGAUGAUGGUUUCUGCUAUUGAAAUUCAUCUGAAGAGUCAGUUUCAAAUGUAAAUCAGAUCUAAAGAGCAGAUGAGAUAUUAAAAAGUUUAUUUCAAAGGAAUAGUCAGGUGAACAUAAUUUCUUCACUGUCAGAGACAACUAUUAUUUUAUUUUCAAGCAAAUUCAAAGCUUACUUUAUGUGUAGUUAAUUAUAUGGUGUAUUAUUUGUGUGAAACAGGGAACUUGGUAAAUUAAUAGUAACACCUGCAAUCUGUGGGAAGUUCUGUUGAUCCCAGGGUUGUAACUUUAUUCUUGAUUUGUUCUCUGGGAUGAAGACAUGAAUUGUCUCAAUUUAUCUGAGACCUGGGGUGUGGAAUUAUAAGGUAGAAUUAAAGUGAAUGGCAUGAAUAUUCAAUGAGCUCUGCUACUAGUAGCAGAAAAUUCAAUCAAUUGUCUUUAUUGUAAUUUAACUUAUCUCUCAUAGCAGAUUGAUCCCAGGUAGAGCUGGUCAGGUCACCAGGUUGGUGGCAUCACCAACACUGCUGGGAGUGUGUCCCACUGCCCUCUGUCCUCCCCUACAUGUCAGCUUUCCUGGGACAGGACUAGGAUGCCUGCGGCAGCCUGAGGCUUCCUGUUCUCGCAAAUCACUUUCAAAGGCAGGAAAAGGAACCGUUUCCCCUUGUGCUCUUUCACGAGGAGCAACCUUUCCCCAGGUAUUCCCCUUAGCCCCCCUCCCCUCCCGUGAGGAGCGCCAUGGGAUUACAGAGGCCUUACAAUCAGACAAACCGUGAAACCAUGAGUCACCGUUUUGUCGUGUGCGUGACUCACCUGAAGCAACUGGGAAGAAAAGAAGCAAAAUCAUUUGCUUUUUAGAAAGAAAAAAACUGUAGAUGAGGCAAGGGAGAAUAAUUUUAAAAUAGGAAACCAGGUUUCUGGUACUAUUAGCUUAUUUGAUUAUUUGUAUUUUUAAUUAUUUCCCCAUGAAAGAUGAUACAUUCUUAAUGGGUGAUAUCAAUUCAAGGGUUUGAGGGUUUUUUUAAAAAAAAUAUUGAGUAUUAAAGGCCAGUCAUAAGCCAAUUACCAGGAAUAAUAAAUACAUAAAUGAAUGAAAGCAAGAGCAUUAUUUGUUUGCCUUUAGAACAUAAUGCACUGAUACUUAAUUUCAUGAGGAAAACUAUUUUCCAGGGCAAUUUUUGAAAAGAGACACGUAAUAAGGAGUGACUAACUUUAAAAGAUGCUAAAACCUAUUAUAAAUCUAUUUUAAUAAGCACUAUUUCCCCCCAUUGAUUCAUUAUUGAUUAAAUACACCAGUAGAGCAGGGUCCAGAAUUAAAUUCAUGAACAGUUAAGAUAGUUUAAAGUUGUUUGUAAGGUGUAUCCCAAACUCAUUAUUUUCAACAAAAUGGAUUCUUGAUGAAUAAAACUUGAAACAUAAAAAAGUAUAAAAUUAAUACAUUGAAGAUUGUAUUAUUUCCAUUACUGUCAUCGUCAUUGUUAUAAUUAUGUUGAAAACAAAAGCCCUUUCUCAUCUCUGAUGAACUGCUGGUGAGAGUGUAUAAUACUACAACUUCUUUGAAAAACACUUCAGUUGUUUCUUAAAAUGUCAGAAAAUACAUUUGUCAUAUGAUCCAGCAGUUCCUCUCCUUGGAAUCUACCCAAGAGAAAUAAAAACUUAAGUCCACACAAAUAUAUGU